AUGUACGUCUCUGGGGUAUCCUGGCUUCUCCCGGAGCGCCCGUGCCUUGGUCACCCCAACGCCAUCCCAACAGAAAGGCAGCAACUCAACCUGCAGAAGGAACUGCGGGCAGAUCUGCCAGCUCACGUGUGCUCCAGACUUGACCUCACCACCAUCUCUGAUCAGACAUGGCCUUGGAGGGGAGUCCUCCUCCCCCGCCUUGCCCCUCGGGAGCAUUCCCCUUCUACGUGGACACAGACCCAACCAAUCCCCUUCUACGUGGACACAGACCCAACCAAUCCCCUUCUACGUGGACACAGGCCCAACCAAUCCCCUUCUACGUGGACACAGGCCCAACCAAUCCCCUUCUACGUGGACACAGGCCCAACCAAUCCCCUUCUACGUGGACACAGGCCCAACCAAUCCCCUUCUACGUGGACACAGGCCCAACCAAUCCCCUUCUACGUGGACACAGACCCAACCAAUCCCCUUCUACGUGGACACAGACCCAACCAAUCCCCUUCUACGUGGGCACAGGCCCAACCAAUCCCCUUCUACGUGGACACAGACCCAACCAAUCCCCUUCUACGUGGGCACAGGCCCAACCAAUCCCCUUCUACGUGGACACAGACCCAACCAAUCCCCUUCUACGUGGACACAGCCCCAACCAAUGUCCUCAGCCGCGUGGAGCUCACUGACGCGCCCUCACUCAUUCAAAUAAAAUGUGGCCAAAUGAGGAACGCCAGGUCGGAGACCGUCGUGGCGGACAGGAUCGUGGGUGGGGAACUUGCGCACAUUGCGGAUUUUCCGUGGCAGGUGGGCAUUCUGCAUAAAGGGAGCCCCCUGUGCGGAGGAGCUAUUCUCGACGAGUGGUGGAUCCUAAGCGCAUCCCACUGCUUCCAAAGAGUGGCCGUCUCUAACUUGGAGAUCAUACACGGCAUCGACAACCUAAACACAGUGAAUUUGAAGAAGGAGAAAGUGGACAAGCUAAUUAUGCACCCUUUUUAUAAUGACUGGCUCAUAGAUAAUGACAUCGCUCUGCUCUUGCUCAAGUCUCCGUUACGCCUGGGCGUCAACAGGGCCCCCAUCUGCCUCACAGAAGUCACCGACUUGAAGAAGUGGAGCAGAUGCUGGGUGACCGGAUGGGGUGCUACCAAUUCCGUGGGCAUCACAUCUCCAAGGCUGCACAAGGUCAACCUCCAGCUGGUGGAAUGGGAGGCGUGCUUCCGCACCAUGCCUCUGGUCACCAAGAACAUGCUGUGUGCGGGGAGCCGGCACGGCGGGAAGGACGCCUGCCAGGGUGAUAGCGGAGGGCCUCUAGUCUGUCACAAAAAGAAGAACAGAGCCAGGUGGUACCAGAUGGGCAUCGUCAGCUGGGGUAUAGGCUGCGGCAAGAAAGGUACCAUGGGCGUCUACACCAAGGUGUCCAAUUAUCUGCUGUGGAUUAACCAGCAGACGACACAGGCGGGAAAGCCUUACGCACACGAGCCAGACUCUGGGUGCUGCUUGCUUCUCUCACCUUGGGCCAUCUUAGUCCUCUAUUCUGUGGUGUUUUUUGGCCUGGGUGAUUAAACGCUGUGUCAUCUCUGAAACCAAGUGACCUUCUCGAGUUUGUGAAAUAAAGAUAGAGUGGGGGCAGAGUAUAAGGUGGGAUUCUCGACCAUGGGUUGCACCUGAACUCUGAAUCACUUAGCAACC